ACCAUUUAGCUUGAUUUGUCAUACUACUACUACUGGUGCUCCCAAAAAUCAGAGAUGGAGGGAAGAGUAUCAAAUGUAGAAAUCUGUAAUUUGGCUUAUACAGGUAAAUUUGAAGAACUUAAAAAAUGCGUGUUGUCUGACAGCUCACUAGCGGCGAAAACAGACCAGGACAGCAGGACUGCUCUGCACUGGGCUUGUUCAGCUGGUCAUGUGGAUAUCGUGCAGUUCCUAUUGGAUCUUGGAGUUGAAGUGGAUCUCAAAGAUGAUGCAAGCUGGACUCCUCUGCAUAUAGCAGCAUCUGCUGGGAGAGAAGAAAUUGUCAGAUCCUUAAUAUCCAAAGGGGCUCAGUUGAAUGCUGUGAACCAGAAUGGUUGCACCCCACUACACUACGCGGCAUCGAAAAACCGAUAUGAGAUAGCCCAGAUUUUGCUGGAAAACGGUGCAGAUCCUAAUGCAACAGAUAAACUGGAAUCCACACCUCUACACAGAGCAUCUGCAAAGGGCAACUACCGACUCAUUCAGCUUCUUUUGAAAGAGAGCGCUUCUACCAAUAUUCAAGACUCGGAAGGAAACACACCACUUCAUCUUGCGUGUGACGAGGAGCGAACAGAGGCUGCAAAACUCCUUGUGGAACAUGGUGCCAGCAUCUACAUUGAGAACAAGGAAAAGAUGACGCCUCUACAAGUGGCUAAAGGUGCCUUGGGAUCUGUGUUGAAACGGAUCGUAGAGGGUUGAUGGACCCUGAGUAUAAUGCACUUGGAGCUGUUAAUUAAGCUGCUGUUCAAGUAUGAUGGAUACUUGUUUGUGAGAGUAUUUGGAAGAAACACAGUACGCACAGAUGUUUGCUGAAGAGAAGAAUGAUGUGGUCUCACUUUUUGGCAGUUUAAAACCUUGAUUUGUUGGUCACUUUUCAUGAAUUCUAUUAAGUACAAGAGUUUUAGACGUACAGAUAACACUCUGAUUAUUAUUUGUGUACUUCAGCCAUGGACGCUUUAUUUCUGCUAAACCUAAAGUUGAUUUUGCUAUUGGUUACUCACUUAACAUAGUUUCUAGUUUUGUAUUCCUGUGCGAAAAUCACUAAACCAUAGUGUAUUCUUCCAUCUUGAUGCUUAUUUUUUUAUAAUAAAAAUAAAUUGAAUUGAA